ACUGACAAGACAGUGGGACAGAAGCUUGGACGAGGGAAAGGGAGUGAAAAUGGCUCGGUCUUCGAAAUCUGCAUUAGUGCUGUGCAUGGACGUGGGGUUCUCCAUGUCCAACUCUGCUCCAGGCCAAGAAUCACCAUUUGAACAAGCUAAGAAAGUCAUCCAGAAGUUUAUUCAGAGACAGGUAUUUGCUGAGAACAAAGAUGAGCUGGGCCUAGUAUUGUUCGGCACCGACACCACUAAGAACCUACUGGCUGAUGAUAGCCAGUACCAGAAUAUCACUGUUCAUCGCCAUAUGAUGCUUCCAGAUUUUGACCUGCUUGAAGAAGUCCACAGUCAGAUACAGCCUGGUAGUCAACAGGCCGACUGGUUGGAUGCUCUUGUUGUGUGCAUGGACCUCUUACAAAAGGAAUCUCUAGGAAAGAAGUUUGAGCGUCUCAACAUUGCCAUCCUAACAGACCUCCACACCAAGGUCAACACAGACCAGCUAGAUGUCAUCAUUGAAAACCUGAAGAAGGCCAGCAUUACUCUGCAGUUCUUCUUGCCCUUUCCUCUGGAUGAUGAAGAUGAGGAGGACGGGGAUGGAGCAGGAGGAAGCUCUGGGCGCCCGGCCCACAGGGGGAAGGGUCUGUCCAGGGAGCAGAAGCAGGGCAUGGAGACGGUCAGGCAGAUCAUGCUGGCUCUGGAUGAAGAGGAUUGCCUGGAGGAAGUGUACCCCUUCAGUGAAGCCAUCGAGAAGCUGUCCAUCUUCAAGAGCAUUGAGAGGAGACCAACAGCCUGGUCGUGUCAGCUGACCAUCGGCAGCUCCCUGUCCAUCAAGAUCCUGGGAUACAAAGCAGUGGCCAAAGAGUCUCUCAAGAAGUCGUGGAUGACGGUCGAUGCCCAGACCAAUCGGAAGGAGGAUGUGAAGAGAGAUGUGGUGUUCUGUCUGGAGGAUGACAACGAGACAGAGGUUGAGAGAGAUGACACCAUCCAGGGGUUCCGCUAUGGUAGUGACAUCGUCCCCUUCUCUAAGGUGGACCAGGACCAGAUGAAGUACAAGGCUGAGGGGAAGUGCUUCGCCGUACUGGGCUUUGCCAAACAGAACAUGAUACACCGCCACCACUUCAUGGGAGACAAGAUCUUGAAGGUGUUUUCCCCCAAGGAUGACGAGCAUGCUGCAGUUGCCCUCUCUGCUCUCAUCCGAGCGUUGGACGAACUGAACAUGGUGGCUAUCGUCCGCUACGUGUAUGACCGACGUUGUAACCCCCAAGUAGGGGCCGCUUUCCCUUGCAUCAAGGACAAGUAUGAGUGUCUGAUGUACGUUCAGCUGCCCUUCAUGGAAGAUCUGCGACAGUUCACCUUCCCUUCUCUGGAGAACAACAAGAAGUUCACUCCCUCAGAGGCUCAGUUGGCAGCCAUGGACUCUGUCAUAGACUCCAUGAUGCUGGUGGAAGAGGGGGAGAGCGGGAAGCAGGAGGACUUGUUCAAGGUCCACCACAUCCAGAACCCAACCUUCCAGAGACUGUUCCAGUGCCUGCACCACCGGGGGUUGAACCCCGACACCCACCUCCCUUCCAUAGAGCCCUGGCUGCUGGCUGCUCUGGAGCGCCCCCCUAUGGUCAGUGCACGCUGUCAUGCGCCUCUGGAGGAACUGAAGAAGAAGUUUCCCCUCAAGGAGGCGGUGAAGAAGAAGGAGCUGAAGACUAGCAUCCAGAUAUUUGGUAGCAGCUCUGAGGAGCCCGAAGCUAAGAAGGUGAAGCUGGACGAGGACGAGGACUUCAACCUGGCCGACAUCACGGCAGGCAGCGUCAGUUCGGUGGGCAGUGUGGACCCAGCUAGAGACUUCUGCAGUCUGGUCCGCCAGAAGAGCCUUCCGUUUGGAGAGGUGUGUCAACAGCUGAUUGGUAGAAUCGAGCAGCUGGUGUCGCAGAAGAGUACUCAUUACUAUAUGAAGGCCAUCUCCUGUAUCCAGGUCUUCAGAGAGCAGUCUGUCAAGGCUGGGAAUGCUGAGCUAUUUAACAGCUACCUCCAGUCCCUGAAAAGAAGCAUUCCAGACCGUGGCCUACAUGACUUCUGGGGGCUGCUGGCUCAAGAUGUCCUGACUCUGAUCAACAAGGACGAGGUUGAGGGAAGCUCUGCCUCUAAACAAGAAGCCAAUGAGUUCCUGUUGAUGGGGGAGAAGGAGGAAGUGACGGCUGCUUCUGCAGAGGGAGGUGCUGAUGACGUGGAUGACCUGCUGGACAUGAUGUGAACACACAGCUGUUUGAAAGGGCGGACCCUGAAGGAAAAGUACCACCCCAGGGAACCGGACCAAACAGAACCACACCGCAAGCACUCCCACACGGCUAGUUCACAGACUGGAGGUCUUUGUCCAGAUAUUAAAUGUUGCUCAGCAGACUAGCAGCAUUCACUGAGUCACUGACCACUAAUGUUUUCACUUUAUCAACUUGAGUGUCUUUGGUUGAGAUGCAGCAGUUGAGUAACUGAGACAAAAGUCGUUUUAUUUUUUUUGUUAACUGGAAAGUUGUAAUUUGUUUAAAAAUGUACAUCCUCAAAGGACACGGUACUUCACCCAACAGAAACCAACAUCUACAUCUGUAACUUUGUCUUGCUCCUGAUGUUAGAAUAAAGUCAUGUUUGGUGAGCGGUGA